CUUUUCUUUUUCAUCACAAAAUUAACGGUUACACAAAAUUCCCAUUUUUCUCUCAUUCCGCUUUUUUCUCCUUCCCUCUCAUUUUCUUUUCCCUCCUCAAAACCAACCAAACAAAAAACACAUUCAAAUCCCUCAUUCCCUUUCUAAUUUCCCUAAUCCCUCGUUUUCGCUUCUGGGUUUUUUUUCUUCCAUUUUCCUUCGUCUUUUGUAUCUGCAUUUUCGUAGAUCAGAACUCGUCGGAAAAUGGACGCUCGCCGGAGACAAUCUCUUCCUUCACUUUCUCCCGCCGGCGAACAACUCAAAACCCAGAAGCUUACCCCUACCGAUUCCCAAACCGUCUCUCUCUGCGUCGCUAACGCCGUUUUCUUCGGUCUCUUCUUCUCCGUCGCGUAUUUUCUCCUCCACCGUUGGCGUGAGAAGAUCCGUACCUCUACUCCUCUUCACGUCGUCACCGCAUCCGAAACCGCCGCCAUUGUUUCACUCGUCGCAUCCGCCGUUUACCUUCUCGGCUUCUUCGGUAUCGGAUCUCGUACUUCCUUCCCCGAUGACCUCUCCGACGAAGAGAUCCUCGCUAAAGAAGAUUCAAAAAAACCUGGACCGUGUCCCGCCGCACUUGUUGACACCGACGCCAAACCAUCUCCGGCAAUUACAACAAUAACUCCGUCACCGAAGAUAUUCGACAUCACACCGGUUAAUCUCACAACGGAAGACGAAGAAAUCGUGAAAUCAGUAGUUUCCGGUUCAAUUCCGUCGUACUCAUUAGAAUCAAGACUCGCCGAUUGUCGGAAAGCGGCUGCGAUUCGCCGUGAGGCGGUACAAAUAAUAACAGGAAAGUCGUUGGAAGGUUUACCGUUGGAAGGUUUCGAUUACGAUUCAAUUUUGGGACAAUGUUGUGAAAUGCCGAUAGGGUUUAUUCAGAUACCGGUUGGUGUUGCGGGUCCACUGUUAUUAGAUGGAAGUGAGUACACCGUACCAAUGGCUACCACUGAAGGUUGUCUUGUUGCAAGUACCAAUAGAGGGUGUAAAGCUAUUCUUGCUUCUGGUGGAGCUUCUUCUGUGUUGCUGAGAGAUGGAAUGACUAGAGCACCUGUUGUUAGAUUUUCGUCUGCUAAAAGAGCUGCUCAGUUGAAGUUUUUCUUGGAAGAUCCACUCAAUUUUGAUGCCCUUGCUGUCACUUUCAACAAGUCAAGCAGAUUCGCUAGAUUGCAGAGCAUUCAGCCUGCUAUUGCCGGCAAGAAUUUAUACAUUAGAUUCCGUUGCAGUACAGGUGAUGCCAUGGGGAUGAACAUGGUAUCUAAAGGUGUUCAAAAUGUCCUUGAUUUUCUUCAGAGUGACUUCCCUGACAUGGAUGUCAUUGGAAUCUCUGGAAAUUUCUGUUCGGACAAGAAAGCGGCGGCUGUGAACUGGAUUGAAGGGCGUGGUAAGUCCGUGGUGUGUGAGGCUGUAAUUAAGGAAGAGGUGGUGAAGAAAGUGUUGAAGACUAGUGUUGAGGCCUUGGUUGAGCUUAACAUGCUUAAGAACCUAACUGGCUCAGCCAUUGCUGGUGCUCUUGGUGGGUUCAAUGCUCAUGCUAGCAAUAUUGUCUCUGCUAUCUACAUAGCCACUGGUCAGGAUCCUGCUCAGAAUGUGGAGAGUUCUCACUGUAUUACCAUGAUGGAACCUGUCAAUGAUGGCAAGGACCUUCACAUUUCUGUCACCAUGCCUUCCAUUGAGGUGGGUACCGUGGGAGGAGGAACACAACUUGCAUCUCAGUCAGCUUGUCUUAAUUUACUUGGGGUCAAGGGUGCCAGCAAAGAAUCUCCAGGUGCAAAUUCUAGGUUACUGGCCACCAUUGUAGCCGGUUCUGUUCUCGCUGGGGAGCUAUCACUCAUGUCUGCAAUUGCAGCUGGUCAACUAGUUAAGAGUCACAUGAAAUACAACAGAUCUAGCAGGGAUAUCUCCAAAGUAGUCUCAUGAUCUGUCCUCUGACAACAAAACAAUAAAUUUGUAGUGGGGACCAAUGCCUCUAAAAACGACAAAAAAAGAGAGUACAUAGUUGGUUUUCAAAAGGACUAUUGGUGGUGGCCGGUUAGUGAAUAAAAAAAUGGUAUGUAUUCAAGAGUACAACCUGCUCAACAAGGGCAUGUGAUGGUAAGGACCAAAUAAGAAAAGCUUGCAUCUAGUCCAUGUGUGAGGCAUUGUCAUUUUAUGAGAUUGUACAGAAGGGCUGAAUCAGAAGAUGGAGAAAAACAAGUAGCUACACCUUUGGCAUUAGUUUUAUUCUUUUUUUUAUUUUUAUUUUUUUUAAUUUUGUUUUUAAUUUAUCUGUAUUGUGUCGUUCUCUUGUUUAAAGCUACUGCCUCAAUUUGGUAUUUUAGUGUGUGGGGGGAUUUUGAUGUGUUGUAAUCUCCAACUUCUGGUUAAUUUGUAAUUUUAGAAAGAGCUGAGAGAUCUAUGGGAUGUAGAGUUGUUAAUAAUAGUCUCUGGUUGGUCAUAUCACUCGAA